CAGGGACACUGAGUGCCAUUCUUCUGUACUGAACAAGUGUGGGUGUCUGUGGAGUUGUGCCUGAGCUAUUUACCCUUACUUACCAGCUUAUGUCAGUCCAGAAGGGCUCUACGCAAACUACCCUCCUGUCUGUGAGGUACAGCAUUGAUUGCACCAUCAAGUUUCUAAAAUUUAGCCCCAUGACAAUGUAUUUAACUCAGUUUAAUUUGACUGGUAUAGACAGACUUUAAGUCAUCCUUCAUUUAGUGUUGCAGCAACCACAGUUUCCUCUUUCUCAACGGAAGACAAUAGAAACAGCAGGUGCAUGCAAAAAACUACUGCAAGAAGAUGAACCUCUGCCUGUCACCUAAAACUCUGAUGGCUUUUCCUGAGCUCAUGAAACCGAUGUGCACUGCACAGAGACCAAUGGUGGAAAUUUAAUGGAUUGUUUUGUCAACUGGAUUGCUGUCAGUUUCUUCUAGUGGAUUUUCCUCUACUUACUACCCAGCUUAUGCUGCACUCUGACAUCCUGAGUUCCCUGUCUUCUACCACACUGUGAUCCUGUUUGACCAUUUUGAGGAGCCAGAGCAACCACAGUCCACAUAUCACAGCAUUCCAGUCUGAUCUGUUCUGAAGAUAGAAAUUUGUACAUUUUUGUGCUUGGCAAGCAGUGAGAGCUCCUCACUGAACUCAAGCUAAGGAAGUGGAGACUCCUGGGGACAAGAAAUCAAGGAGAGGAGCCAGAUGGUCCAUCUCAUCCAGACCACAAAGCAGAGAAAAUUCAGGAAUAUAUGAAUUUUGAAUAGAAGUAUUCUUUUGUCCAAUAAUCAUGUAAAGAUACUCUAAGAAUUCAGAUGCAGUGUUUCUAAAGGAUGAUCUAAAAGAAAGCUAAAUAUCAACUACAGUGUUCAGCUCUCUUUUUGGGUUCUGGCAUUUAGCAGGAGGUCAUUAACUUUGUUUUACUUUCAGACAAUGGACUUGUCCUUGGUGCCUUCAGGGAGUGAGUACAACAAGCAGAGGACAGGCACACGCUUCACUGUCCGCUCAGCUAACUCUCCCUCGUACAGUCUUACUCGCAGGCCGGGUAUUAAGAAGAGGGAGACGGCUGAGGAUGUUGGAGAAACAGAAAGGCAUGGGACACAUACUGACACAAUUUAUACAAACAAGGAGGAGGAUGCAGUCACUGGAUAUCAAUCCAGGAAAAGGAGCUGCAGUGCCAAAGAUCAAAGUGAAGAAAAGGAUGCAUCAAGCUAUCAAACACCAAUGACAAAAACAAUCUCAGACUCUGGUUCUAAUAAAAGAGAAAACCCUGUAUUUGAAAGCCGUGGGAGGACAGAAUGGAGGAGACAAAACAUUCCAAGUAGAAGUAAGAGUUUAGAUUGGAGAACAGGAGCAAGGAGCCCCACUCGGGGUACCAGAACAGACACAUCCAUACUGCCAGCCAAAAGAGGAGCUGAGCUCCGUGAACAUGCUAGAGAUUUAGCAGAAAGGACAGUAGUUGAGAAUGGCCUGACAGACAGGAUGACUUCUUCUCUACAAAACCGUAAUUCUGCUGGUGCAAGUUAUGCACAAAACAGGAAUCCAGUAAAUCAAACAAGCCAGACUUUGAACUGGACCAGUAGGGGUCAGUCUCUCCCUUCUAGGUUGAGGUCAGAGUCUAGGCCCGGUUUAAGAUUUGCAGAGAAUUUGUUUGGGCCCAAAGGUGGUCAGAGUAUACAAGAGCGGAUAGAGAAACUCUUUGGUACUGGUGAGAAGGCAGCAGGGGGAACCUUUCCCAGGCGGCUCUCAUCGGGUGAGAGCAAUAGUCCAGUGGAAAGCAGAAUAUCACUCAUCUGGCCUCAGAAAUACAUACCAGAGUCUGAAACAUCUCUUUCUCCAAGGGCAACUACAUUUGGAGAAAAGGCAGUUAUGGGACAACUCAAAAGCAGGUAUCCAGAGGAAGCUAACUGGGGGAAAGGGUGGAUGGUGGAGUCAGGCACAAAGUCCCUGGACAGAGCCAGAAGUAGGCAUACAUUAGCAGCUCGGAUUAGAUCUGCUAGAGCAGCAGGAGGGACUGGUCCAUGUAAUGAGCCAAACACGUUCUUAGAGGAAACUUUCAGAGAUUCUUCUGGAUUCAGAGAACAAAGAGCAAAUGGGGCCAUGGAAGAGAGAGAGACAGGUGAAGGAGCAACGGAAGAAACUGAAAGGAAGAGUGAUGUUACUGAUGAAGAUGUGUUUGAGACAAAUCCACAGAAGAUUACACUGAAAACAGCAGAGACGAAGAAGUUUACAGAGGUGCGGCCAGCUCCCUCUGCAACCAGUGUGAAAAAUAAGAUCAGUCAGUUUGAGGCUCUGACACAGAGAGCAGCAGGACAAAUCUCCAUGUCCAGACGGACCCUUUCUGUGCCAACACAGCACAGUAAAGUCCCCGAUGGAGUAAAGAAGAGCAUGUCAGUAAAAGAAAUAAUUGGGCAAAGAGAUAAGUGGGAUGGAUUGAAAAGAUGUAGGGAGGAAAAUACAGUGGAGGGAAAAGGGAAAAAGCAUGGAGCAGAGAGGUCUUUAUCCGUGGAUGAGGUUGGACUUGGGUUAGAGAGGACAAAAACAGGAGGAAAUGAUUUGUUAGGUGAGAAUAAAAACAACUUUUCUGAGGAUUUUGGUAAAUAUUCCAGACUUAAGAGUACACUGCAGCUCCCUCUAAACGAAGGAGCUCAACGAUGCAGUAGAAAGUUUAACAUAGAUGAGACAGAUUUUUCCAAAGUCUCAAGCUCUGACAAGUCCAGCAAGAGAGACGUGACAGCCAACAAUGCUUCAUCCCCACAAUCGUCAUCUGUUCAGCCAAGGCAACACUGUGACAUGACGUCUCCAGUUAAUGAUGACAACAAGACUCCAACAAAUACUCCUAGUGACUCUCCUUUUAUGUCACCUGCACAACCAGAAAAUACCACUUUUAUCACAGAGAAGAAGAACAAAAACACUUCUGAUGCUACACAAGCAUGUAAAGCUGAAGAUCCAGACUCCACAUCUCUUCCUUUUAAAUCCUCCUUCUACAUCAACCCCUCUGACCUCUCUGCAAAUGUCAAAACAGCCAAUCAAAAAGGGAAGAAGCAGGUGAUGGACUUGACUGCUUGGAUAGCUGGUCUGAACCAAGACUAUGACUGUUGGAAUGUUGGUGAAAAAGAUUAUGAGGAUGAUGAUGAAAGCACACAGAGGGAUGAAGAUUCAAACUAUGAUUCAGACUCCGGGGAUUCCUCCGUGACCAUCACCAGUAAUAUGAGUCAGUCAGAUCGCAGGAGCUACAGUCUCAGUCUUUCAGACCUGUGUAACUUCGUUGGAGCCGAAUAUGAAUCCGAUAAUGAUAUUGACGAAGGGCAGCAAGCAGACCGGAGGUCUGCCUCACUCAGCUCAGAUUUGUCGGCCUACUCCUGUGUGUCUCUGCUGCCCAGUGAAGAGCUUGACAGGCUGCUGCAGGAUGUCAAGACCCUGGGCGAUGAUACUCUGCAGGAGUAUGACGAUGUGCAGGUGGUGGUUCUUCAUAAGGAGGUGGGAGUAGGACUGGGCUUCAGUCUGGCAGGAGGCGCAGAUCAAAAUAAGCCUAUCGUUGUUCACAAGGUGUUUCACUCAGGUGUUGCAGCACAGGAGGGCUCCAUAAGGGAAGGAGACCAUGUUUUGUCUAUUAACGGCACUGCACUAAGUGGGAGUGCCCACUGGGAGGCCCUAAGGAUCCUAAGAAAGGCGAAGACUCAGAACAUGGGAGUGGUGGUCCUGAGGAGGAGUGAUGUCAGCUGUGCCUUGAAGAUUGGAGUACAGGAAAAUAAUGAAGGAACAACACAGACUCAAUAUGAGACAGGUCAGUGUGUGUGCGUGCAACUACAAAAGAACAGCAGGGAUCUGGGCUUCAGUCUGCAGGGAGGUGUGGGCUCCAGUGAAGGGAAUAGACCUCUCACCGUACAGAAAAUCUUCCAGGGAGGCCCUGUUGACAAGGUUUAUUCUGGUGAUCAGGUGUUAGAAAUUCAAGGUAUAAGCAUGACGGGCAUGAGACGUCUGGAGGCCUGGACUUUCAUAAAAAGUCUUCCACCUGGGCCAGUAGAAGUCGUGCUACAUCGGCCCAUUAAACACCUGCAAGCAUGAGGACUAUGAAUGUGCUUUAUGUGAUGUGAAUGCUGUCUUACAAUACUGCAUGUAGCAGAGAAGAACGUCAGAUCAAAAAAAUGCAAUUAAUCAAGAAAUGCAUUAAAAUAGCUCUUAAGAAGAAUUUUAUAACAAUGCCCUACAAGUAGAGACAGACUUAAAAACCAGGUUAAAGAUGUUUUGUUUUGUUUUGGCUUUUUUUCUCACUCACAGGAGGACAUCUACCUCAGGGCCUGGACUGUUCUGUGUAGGCCAAAAUCUAAGUGCACUGAUGACCUCACAUUUAUCAAGUUGACACAAAUUUGAAACAGUUUUGUCAGAAAAAACAUGUAAUUUGGCCCAUUUAAUUGUAAAUAUAUGUUCUAACAGGUUGUGAAUAACUGCUUUUAGAGUUUUUAUGGCUUUUUAAUAAAUUCUAACAAAUUGUUUGGGCUUGUUAUUCCCACUUCUGUGGAAAGAGGUACAGUGGCAUCAUAUGGACUUUUAUAUGAGUUCCCUAAAAUGAUGGUAACAAAAAUGAAUAAAUAAAUAAAUCUA